AUGGGCAAGAGGCAGCAGCAACGAGAGCCCAAGGACAGUGCACUGGCCCCACUGGAUGACGAAGAUAAACUGAAUUGGAAAGACCGCUUCCCAGGAUACUUGAUGAACUUCGCUUCCAUCUUGUUCAUGAUCGCCCUGACAUUCUCCAUUGUCUUUGGGGUCAUUGUAUAUCGGAUCACAACUGCGGCUGCUCUGUCUCUCAACAAGGCCACCCGCUCUAAUGUCCGAGUAACUGUGACCGCAACAGCAGUCAUCAUCAACCUUGUGGUCAUCCUCAUCCUGGAUGAGAUCUACGGCGCUGUGGCCAAGUGGCUCACCAAAAUCGAGGUCCCGAAGACGGAACAGACCUUUGAAGAACGCUUGAUCCUCAAAGCUUUCUUGCUAAAGUUUGUCAAUGCCUACUCCCCCAUCUUCUAUGUGGCCUUUUUCAAGGGGAGGUUUGUGGGCAGACCUGGAAGCUACGUCUAUGUGUUCGAUGGCUACCGCAUGGAAGAGGCAAGUACAGCAUCCGGCAGUCAUGCCUGGCUAGCAGUUUGUAGGAUGCCAGUGGUGUAG